CUUGGCAAAUUCCACUUCCAUCGCCUUUGUUUUCACUUCAACCCUCUCCAACUAAAACACAACAAAAGAAAGAAUCUUUGAAUUUUUUCAUUUUACAAAAGAGAGAACCUUUGCAAAGGCCGCGUAUGAACAUUCAAAACCUUAACAGCUACGAUCCCUUUGCGGACACUGGCGACGCCGGAGAAGUAAAGGUUGAACAGACUGAAAAGCCUGCCAAAAGUCAGGCAACCGGUCAAAACUACAUUCAUAUCCGUAUCCAACAACGUAACGGACGCAAAACAUUGACAACCCUUCAAGGCUUACCCAAAGAGUAUGACCAAAAGAAGAUCUUGAAAGCAUUCAAGAAAGAAUUCGCAUGCAACGGUACUCUUGUUGAUGACGAAGAAUUAGGUCAAAUCAUUCAAUUGCAAGGUGAUCAACGUCAAAAAGUUUCCGCUUUUUUGAUCGAAGAAGGAGUAAACAAGACCGACGUCAAAGUCCACGGUUUCUAAAUCCUUGCUUUGUCACCUCAUUUUCAUGCAUCUGUAGCUGUCACCCGGCAGCUUUUAUCGGAUUUUGACCUCU